AUGGAGAAUUUUGACAAAGGCAAUGGAACAGCAAUAACCACAUUUACCCUUCUGGCAUUUGGAAAUGACCCUAAACUACAAAUUCCACUCUUCAUGGUGUUCGUAUUCAUCUACACUGUGACUGUGGUUGGAAACAUCAUAAUCAUCACUCUGGUAAUCUCUGAUCAUCACCUUCAUACUCCUAUGUACUACUUCCUUGGAAACUUGUCCUGCUUGGAGACCUGCUACACUUCAACUGUCCUCCCCAGGAUGUUAGCCAGCUUUCUGACAGGGGAUAGAACUAUAUCUGUUGGUGGCUGCUUUGCACAGUUUUUUUGGUUUGGGACCUUAGCAAUUGCUGAAUGCUACCUGUUGGCUGCCAUGUCCUACGAUCGCUAUUUAGCCAUAUGUAAACCCCUCCACUAUGCCACUCUUAUGGAUGGAAAACUCUGCUUUCUCUUGUCGGCUGGGUCCUGGCUAUGUGGGAUUACAGUUAUGACAAUAGUAGUAAGUUUAAUGUCACAACUAUAUUACUGUGGUCCCAGUGAAAUUGAUCAUUUCUUUUGUGAAUUGGCACCAGUGAUUAAUCUCUCUUGCAGUGAUACCACUAUGGUGGCACUGGUGGGUCUCAUAGUCUCAGUCAUAGAUGCUAUUCCGUCGUGUCUCCUAACACUGAUGUCUUAUGUGUGUAUAAUUGCCACCAUCUUACGGAUCCCAUCUUCAACAGGGAGGAAAAAGGCCUUUUCAACCUGUUCUUCCCACCUUAUUGUGGUUUCUAUAUUUUAUGGAUCAUUAAUAUUUGUAUAUGUGCUCCCAAAAAAGGAAGCUCUGUGGGAAGUGGACAAAAUCUUUUCAGUCUUCUACACAGUCUUAACCCCUCUAAUCAAUCCCCUUAUCUACAGCCUGAGGAACAAAGAGGUGAAAGAAGCUUUAAGGAGAGUCAUAAACAAAUGCAGGGUUUUAACAUAA